GGUUGACUUCCUAUUGUUAAAUUCAUCCCCCUUUCAAGCAUAUCUUCUUGUUUACUUUUGUUUCAAAGAUUAAAUUCUCACUUUUGUUUCAAAUCAUCAAACUAGUGGCGUUUGAACGCCUCAAAAUACAGCUAGAAGCUAUAAAAUCGGCAACCAACAACUUCGCCGAUGGAAGUUGCAUUGGGAGGGGUGGAUUCGGAAGAGUGUACAAGGGAACCAUUACGGGUUUCGAUGGGCACCCCACGGUUGCUUUGAAGCGUUUAGAUCGUCGUCUAACCGGGCAAGGAGAUGUCGAGUUUUGGAAGGAGGUCAUGAUGCUUUCACGUUGUAAAAAUGAAAAUAUAGUCUCUCUCUUAGGGUUUUGUGAUGAUUGCGAGGAGAAGAUCCUUGUGUAUGAGUAUGUACCUAAUAAAAGCUUGGACUUAUAUCUCAACAGCGAUAAACUAAGAUGGAUAAGACGCCUUAAGAUAUGCAUUGGGGCUGCGCGAGGAUUGGCGUACCUUCAUAAUGAAGUAGGGACCCAACAACGAGUAUUGCAUCGCGAUAUCAAAAGUUCCAAUAUUCUAUUAGAUGAAGAUUGGAAUGCCAAGAUCUCCGAUUUUGGUCUCUCGAAGCUUGGACCAGCUAAUCAAGAAUACACAUUUCUUUACUCCAACCCUGUAGGAACACAUGGGUAUUGCGAUCCGCUUUACGCAGAGGCUGGGUUUUUAACAAAAGAGUCGGAUGUUUACUCUUUUGGUGUUGUCUUGUUUGAAGUAUUGUGUGGUAGGUUGUGCUUCGAAAACAAAGACGCUGGACAACCAGCUUUAAUAGGAUUAGUGCGACAGUCCUACGAAAACAACACAAUAGAGGAAAUCGUUUAUGGUAGUAUAAAAGAAGAGAUAAAUCCUGAAUCUUUGCAGGUGUAUGCGAAAAUCGCUUACCAAUGUUUAAAGAUGAAACGUGAGGAACGCCCAUUAAUGAGUGACGUUGUGUGGGCACUAGAAACCGCACUUAGUUAUCAAGAACCCAAAAGUGAUCAAGAUGCAAACACUUACUUACCGACAAAAUCACCCUCAGAGGUGACAAAACCGGAUCCUGGGAAGGCUACGCAUCCCAUAGAUAUCGAAGAGUAUGCUAGCUCCGAGGGUGGAGGGUUGCUUGUGGUUACAAUCCAUGAAGGAAAUGAUUUAAAAGGGAAACAUCCAUUCGUCAUAUUGCGUGUUGGAGAUGACAUUAAACGAACUACGACUAUGAAGAACAAUCAAAAUCCGGUAUGGAAGGAAACAUUUAAGUUUACCUUAGAAAAGCCGACAAAAGCAAUAUUGCAUUUGGUAGUUUGUUCUGACGCAAGGAGUAAAAAGGACAUUUUGGGUGACGUGGAUAUAAGUCUUGCUGACGUGGUAAAAGAAAAACAGAUGAACAAUAUGUACAACAUUGGAAAUGGUCGGAUUCAUGUGGAGUUGCAAUGGGAAAGGUCAGAUUUGCCACUAAAAUCAAAGCCAAAACUGUUGAAGUUCAUGAAUUCAGUUUACAAUUUAGCUGUUUCAUAAGCCAAUUAUUCCAUAUAUAAGUUUG